AUCGCCCGGAAAUCCAAUUACAAAAGCAAAACCAAACUGGAACGUUUUAUGUUGUCUAUUUAAUUGACCUAACUUCAGACAUUGAUGGUGUACGAGGAAGAUAAUGUUUUACCUACAGUCAUCAAUAGACAUUAGCUGUGAGAUGGUCAAUUAAAUAGGAAAUUGGUUAUUUCGGUAGAGCAUUAAUUGUGUAUUUGCUUUGUGAUCAACGGCACAGUCUACCCGAAUGUCGGAUGAAGAGGAAUAGUUUUUUUGGUCGUUUGGCAAGAUAUUUGACUUGUUGUAUUUCAAAAAAAAAGAAGUGCAAUGAUGGUGUUAUCUUAACUCAAUCUGGUCCAGAAGUUAUGGCGCAUGAAAUAUGUCAAAAUAGUAAUAAUCAGACGGAAUUGGCCACAAUACAGAAUGAAGAUAUGCAAAGCGUAGGUGUAUUAGUAAAUGAAGAACAGAGUGAAGAAGGCUUUGAGCAUGUUAUGCUUUCUGUGGAGUCGCAAGCAGACACGCACUGUUUAUACAACAAAAACAUUGAUACUGAAGAUGAUUGCUUAAAUUGUACGGCAGAGCAUGAAGUAAUUGUAGAUGAAGGAGGUAGUUUGGAAACUAAUAGAAAUGGAGAAGGUAUUAUACGUUAUUUCGGAAAUAAGAAUGAAGUCGGAAGAAUUAUUUCAAAUGAUGGGAAAUGCUAUUAUUUCAAGAGGGAAGAUAUAGUUGGUCAUUAUAAAUAUUAUAGAGCUCCGCAAAAAGCGAAGUUUGUUAUUGAUGCUUUGCGACCAAAUUGGGCAAACAAUAUAGAGAUAAUUGGACAAAUAUAUGGUCAACGGUGCUAUUAUUGUUUAAUGUUCGAUCAUUAUACAGAGGACUGUAUGCAGUUAGAUAUCGAUUCUUAUAAUUUUUACUAUCCUUACUUAUAACUUACUUAAAACUGCUUGUUUGUAGUAUCUAUUUGGUUAGUAUUUAAAUUUAAUAUGGUCAACAGAUUGUACUAUUUCAGAUAAUAAUAAAAUUUAAUAUU